AUGUCAAGUUUUCUUCCAUCAUCAUCACAAGCUAAUGCAGCUAAUGGUAUGAACACAUUACAACGUUCAACAGUGAACAAUGCUGCAGCUGAUGCAUUACGAAAAAAAAUGCAACAAUUACGUGAUGAACUUGAACAAGUUAAAGAUGAUUUAGAACGUGCACGUAAAGAAUUAGAAAAAGAACGAAAUGGUCGUGAAACUGCUGAAUCAGAAGUUAGUCAAUUAACACGAAAACUUCAUUCAUUCGAAGAACAACUUGAACGUACAGAAGAACGUUUAGUACAAACAACAAAUAAACUUGAUGAAGCAUCGCAUACAGCUGAUGAACGAGAAAGAUCAAGAAAAAUGCUUGAGAAUCAAUUGAAUCUUGGCAGUGAUCGUACAGAAAUUCUUGAAGUACAAUUGAAAGAAGCACGUACACUUGCAGCAGAAUCUGAUAAAAAAUAUGAUGAAGUAGCUCGAAAACUUUUAAUACAAGAAAAUGAACUUGAAAAAGCAGAAGAACGUGCAAAACGAUCUGAAACAAAAUGUUCUGAAUUAGAACAAGAAAUGAAAAAUCUUCAUCAUCAAUUAAAAUCAUUUUUGGCUCGUAUUGAUGAUGCACAAAAUAAAGAACAAUCAUUUGAAGACCAAAUUCGUCGUCUUAGUCAACAUUUAAAAGAUGCUGAAACUCGCGCCGAAUAUUCUACCAAACAAGUACAACGACUACAGCGUGAAGUGGAUACACUUGAAGAAGAAUUACAAACAGAACGUGAUCGUUGUAAAAAUCUUCAAAAUGAAAUGGAACGUUGUUUCUCGGAUUUACAAUUACUUUAA